GUGUCUCAGUGCCAACACUGGAGAUGCCAAUGGUCUGUCCAUCACCUGGGACCAAUCCAUCACCAAUGGCCAAUCCAUCACCAGUGGAGAGUCCAAUGUUGAUAGCCAACAUGGUGCCAAUGGUGGAGAUGCCAAUGGCCAAUCCAUCACCAGUGGCCAGCCCAGUGCCAACACUGGAGAUGCCAGUGACCGAUUCAUCACCGAUGGACAAUCCAAUGCCAAUGCCCAACCCAGUGCCAAUGCUGGAGAUGCCAAUGGCAAAUCCAUCACCAAUGGCCAAUCCAACACUGAUGACCAACUCAAUGCCAACGGUGGAGAUGCCAAUGGCCAAUCCAUCACCAAUGCAAGAUCCAAUGCCAAUGGCCAACCUAAUGCCAACAGUGAAGAUGCCAAUGGCAAACCCAUCGCUGAUGUGAAGAUGCCAAUGACCAAUCCAAUCCCAAAGGCUGAUCCAACACCAAUGACCAAUCCAUCACCGAUGGACAAUCUAUCCCCAAUGGCCAAUCCAAUACCAAUGGCCGACCCAAUGCCAACACUGGAGAUGCCAAUGGUCAUGCCAUCAUCAGAGACCAACCCAAUCCCAAUGGCUGAUGCAACACCAAUGGCCAACCCAUCACCAAUGACCAAUCCAUCACCAGUGGCCAAUCCAUCACUUAUGGCCAAUCCAACACCAAUGACCAACUCCAUGCCAACGGUGGAGAUUCCCGUGACCAAUCCAACAGCAAUGCACGAUCCAAUACCAAUGGCCAACCCAAUGCCAACACUGGAGAUGCCAAUGGUCAUGCCAUCAUCAGUGACCAACCCAAUCCCAAUGACUGAUGCAACACCAAUGACCAACCCAUCACUAAUGACCAACCCAUCACCAAAGGCCAACCCAUCACCAACAGCCAGUCCAAUACCGAUGACCAUCCCAAUGCCAACACUGGAGACACCGACGACCAACCCAAC